GUGACGUCAUCAACAAUCGACCGGACAGCGACACAGAGCAGCCACAGAGAACUGCAUCCAGACAUGGCCAGUCUAACGAAGUCCUGCGGCGUGAACUUGGCCUUUGUGCUUGAAUUUGUGCUGAUUUUAGCGUUUGUCUCUGCUGGCCCCGAACGGACGAAGACGGUGGAGUUCAACGUGAAACCCGGAGGAGUGGUGCAUACUUUCACUCAAGGGAUCAGGGAGUAUGAAUGUUCAUUCACUUAUGCUUCACAAGGGGGAACCAAUGAGCAAUGGCUGAUGAGUGUGGGCCUGAGUGAUGAUGACAGCCUGUUUUCCUGCGCUGUGUGGAGGCCUCAGGGAAAAUCAUACCUGUUUUUCACUCAGUUCAAAGCUGAACUAAAGGGAACCAAAAUUUCAUACGCCAACGCCUUUUCGCAGACAGCGGCAGCAGGACAGAGCGACGUGCCUCUGAAGCCGGAGGAAUUCACCGUCAGAGACGCAACAGUGACCCACAUGGAGGGAACGUUCAAAGCGCAGCUCUCCAAGCUGACCGUCAUCGGACGGACGCGCCACAACGAGCUGUAGCUCGUAUGAAGUCUGACGCCGUUGGUUCUGCCAUGACCUUUCGGAGCAACCUGGUGAGAUCUGAGCCGGACCUCUGGGGUUCAGCACGGUCGAUGAAGUACGGAUGCAGAUACUUCAGUAAAUUCAUUAUCUACUACUUUGUUACUGCAGUGAAUUUCUACUACUUGGGCCAAAAAGAAUUAAACUGUAAAGUAUCCAGAUUCUUAAUAAAAUGUCACAAUUAAAAUUCUGCCCCAAGGUAAAAUGAUUUCAUAGUUGUUUCUUAUUCUCUGAGACUAGAGCAGAUUUACUGAGAAUAAAUCAUUUCUGAUUCACAGGGGAUGUAUUUGAAUGUAUAAAGGAUUGGUGUAGAGUAUAGAUAACAUGUUUAGAGUAGGAAGGGAUUUCUCCAUCUUGUGUAAUCCUCAGAGGAAACUGAGUAAUCCCCAAUAUCGUCGUUGCACGCACACACACGAACUAUUACAUCGCUCUCACUGUCGCUCUGUUCUGAGCUGCUGUGCAGACAAGCGCCUCAGUCUCUGCCUUUAUCUCCUCGUCUGUUUAUCUUCACGUAUUCCACAUAACUGUAAGAUCCCCAUCUGAUCCGAAUUAAUACAACGGUUUCUGUAUUUUUGGAAUUUUUAUUUUGCGCUCUUCUUGGCCACAAGCAAUGGUGCUAUUAGGAGAAAGAUCUACAGGAUAAUCUGAUUAAACCCACUUUAUUGUGUUAGGCUAUAAAGAGUGUAAAUGUAACGGUACUGUAAAAAGUAUGGAUCCUGGAAGAUGACAGUGGUUCUACCUCAUAAAAACAAAUCCAAUCAUCGUGUCGGCUCAGAGGCUAAGAUAAAACAAUCGCUGGGACGUUUGGGGGCUUCUGUGGGAAUGACCUGAGCUAAGCUGUCGCUGCACUGUCCAUCGUUUAAGAUGUAGUGAAUGGGCUGCAAACAGCUACUUUGCACCCGUUUAGCUGGGAGUGGCAGUAACAUUCUUGAGCUGGUCUCUGCUUUCAUCCUCUGGCGUGGAUCAUGGGGGGAUAUGGAGCAGGUUCAGAGGGACGUCAUUAUCAUAGGUCCCUCUCUGCUCCCGUGAAGCGGGCAGGAUUGCCUUUAUCUUCCUUGCAUCGAUCCAGCCCUCUUAGAUCUGCACAAGUGUCUGGAGGAUGAGUUCUGGGGAUUGAUUUUAGAUCGGGGGAUUGUGCUGAUUUGAUUUUGUGGUCAGAUUUAUUUCAGAUUACUUUUUUUUCUUUUCUUACCUUGUUUGGUUUGUCUUGUCUGUCUGACCGUCUGGAGUUGUGCAAAUGCUCAGCAGAGUGAUGUGUCCCCACCGAGGCUCCCCUUGAAAUCACACCAGGAAAUGAACACAUCCACAUCCAGAUUCUGACCCUGAAUAGAAACACACACGUUACCUAUUUUAUAUGUUUCCUUUUUCUAAUACUUGCUUAUUCUGAUUCAUGAUGAAAUGUGAUGGAUGCUUCAAUAAAGACGUGGUGUCACUGUUCUGGC